UGGGCACUCAGUGCCCAUAUUAAUUUUUGAUAUCGAAUUUCGGGGGUUUGGGAAGUCCAAUGUGAUUUUUUUGUCAUAGGCAGAUAGAUUGCACCUUGGUUUAUAAGUUGACUGAAUUCUAGGUGUAUAUAUUUUAUAAAAAGAAAGUAACGGUAUUUUUUAUUAUGAGUACGCUAUACGUGACUUGGGGCACUCAGUGCCCAUACAUUUUUUCAUAUAUUUUGUAUGGAGAACAUAAAUUUUCUAACGGUUUUCGGUGGUUAUUGGGCAUUUCUAAUCAGUUUCGCGUAAAAAUUUCAAGUGAGCAGUUCAUUUUUUAGUUGUAAUAGUUACAGUUUUUGAAAUAAGUGAGGAAUUGGCGGUUUAUUUGGCCAACCUACGCCGUGAAUUGACGGAUGAAGAGGAGGAAAAUAUUGCAAGUUAUUUCAAUGCUCAUGAAAGCGAUAAUGAUGAUGCAGGGAAAGAACCUACAUAUGGUGAUGACCACGAACCUACACCCAGUGACCAGUCUGACUUCGGAGAAGAUAAUGCUGAGCCCAUUCCAGAUCCACGUUUCGAAGAAUAUGUCCACGAGGAAGCUGCAGUAGAUAUAGAUCCUGAUGAAAGCAGACUUGAUUUGUCAACUUCGGUUAUUGAGGCCAAUCGUGGCGAAAAAUAUUGUGGUCAAGGAAGGAACGACAAAACCAUAUGGUGGUCAAUGCCAAGCCAAACUGAAAAACGGCGAACAGAACAGGCUUUGGAAAUGCGCAGACAAUCGACGUCAAUAUGCACGGAAAGUUUCGAGUCAAAAAUAUAUGUCUUCAUACGCGUUUUCCCAGUGUCCCUUGUUGAAGGUAUUGCACUUGAGACAAAUAGGAAAGCUAAAAGGGUAAUUCAAGCAAAUAUGCGUCAAACAGUUCCAAAAAAAUUAAGAUAUUGGCAAGACACAAAUGCGGAUGAAAUAUAUGCUUUUAUUGCAAUAAUUUUAUACAGCGGUGCUGAAAAAGCAAAUUUAGUUCAUGCUAAGGAUCUUUUUCACAAAAUGAACAUACCCUUUUACAGAGCAGUGAUGUCAUUGCAUCGGUUUGAGCAAUUAUGCCGCUUUUUACGCUUUGACGAUUCCAGGACUCGUGCUGAGAGAUUACGGCACGAUAAGUUGGCACCUAUUCGUCAUGUAUGGACAUUAUUCUUGGCAAAUUUGACGAUACCAUUUAUCCCGUCGAAAGAAUUGACAGUUGAUGAACAGUUACUUUCAACAAGAAACCGAUGCAGUUUCCGCCAGUACAUUCCCUCCAAGCCUGGAAAAUAUGGCAUAAAAAUAUUUUGUCUUGUUGACGCAACAUUCUAUUAUCCACUUGCAGGCGAAGUAUAUUUGGGUGCACAGCCUAAUGAACAAAGGUCAACUGGAAUUGCGCGCAAUCUUGUAAUGCGACUCAGCGAUCGAUAUUUGGAUAAGGGUGUGAAUAUCACCAUGGACAACUUUUUCACAAGCUAUGACUUGGCGGAGGAGUUGCUUAUACGGAAUACUACCAUCGUGGGCACAAUAAGAGGCAAUAAGCCGCAAUUGCCAAAACUUUUUACAUCUUCUGAAGAAGCAAAGAAAAGGGGUGUGUUUGAAUCAGUGUUUUGCUUUUCAAAAUCUAUGCAAUUGGUAAGCUUUACAACACAUUCAAAGAAAAACGUGCUAUUGCUUUCAACUGCCCAUUCCAGCGAAGAUGUGAAUCCUGUAACAGAAAAACCACAAGUCAUACAUGACUAUAAUAAGCAUAAAGGUGGUGUUGAUACUUUUGACAAAAUGCUGCGUGGAUUCACUGGCAAAAGAAAAACAAACCGCUGGCCCAUGGCAUUAUUUUAUAAUAUGCUGGAUGUUGCUGGACUUGCAGCGUUCAGGCUUUUUGAGCAUAGUCACCCUAUGUGGAACACCAAUAAGUCUGAAAAGCGAAAAAUAUUUUUGAAAGAGCUCUCUAUGGAGCUGGCACAGAAACAAUUGCACAACCGUUGCAAAACAAAAAUUAAUUCUGCAACGAAAACUGUUAUGGACUUGAUAGAUUUCAAACGGGCUCCUGAAGAACCGAAAUCGCGUCCAGCAAUACAGAUAAGCACUUUGAAACGGCGGUGUGAAACAUGCAAAGCUUCUAAAACCGACAACAAAACAACAGCGGUUUGUGACCAUUGCCUUACUCCGACAUGCACCAAACACUAUAUAAGAACAUGUGAAAAGUGCUAUUUUGCAAAAUACAAUGCCGAUGCUGAUACGGACUCGGAUAUUGAUGAAGAUGAGGACAAUACUCCAACAACGUCGACACCAAAUCAAAACGCAUCAAAAAGACGGCGGAGAAUUUCACCCAUCUGAGCGGUUUAAAACUAAAACUUUAUAUGAUUUAUAUCUUUUUCUAUAA